AUGGCAACCAAGUCACCGGAGAGCAUUUAUGGGGAACAUUUAGGUGCUUUGCAAGCCCUUUGUGCCUCUCAUUUCCCGAUUCCACCACCGAGUCUAGAACGGAUUCAAACCGCGAUUCUCACCUCCACAGAAGGGACCGCUCUGCAAUCUGCCGAAGAACGAACCGCUAUUGCUACGUUAGCCACUGAGGACUCAGGAUUAAUUGUGCUCGGUAUCUUUGGUGCCAUUUGUCAUCAUUUUGGCGAGGAUAGAUUUCUGGGACCUUUUAUCCAGUAUCUCUGGGAGCUUCCGGGACAGCACAACGUGUCAGAGCAGAACUACGAUUGGGAAGAACUCAGACCGCUGUUUAAGAACAUCCUCUCUCGUUCCGAGUAUGUGGUUUGCUCCAAUGCAAUCAAGCAAGCCACUGCAGGCCAUGUUGGGGAGGACGCAACUCUAGUACAUGGACAACCAGCACUGAUUGUGGACGCCUUGCAAUGCAUGAUCCGUCAGCAGCAAGGAGAGCGUCAGCGGGUGUCCAUGUAUAUGGGAGCAGAUGCAGCUUUCAUCACAGCCAUGUCUGUUUGGCUUUUCGAUCUUGACGUCGUGCUACUUGCAGGGCAAGGGACCAUGGUUUAUUCAUCUAAGGGUAGCUCUGUGGACGAAGCGCAAGUGACCGUCUGGCUCAGCAAUCCCGGGCAGCCCUCCACCGCUUGCGAACUGGCAACACUAGGUUCAUCCAACAUUAGCCUGGAGAUUCGUUGCAAUGGUGUCAACUCGGAGAAGGGGUCACAUACCCUCACAAAGGCCUCGGACUCUCCAUUUUCCGGACAAUCAGAGUUUUGCUGUGCCCAAUCAGUGUCAAAGAGCAUCUUCCAAAAAUUGUUGAAUUUUCCGGGCAAUCGUCCGUACCUGGCAAUCAAAGCUGCCACACACUCCACACGAAGCGGUGCAACAUUGGGUCCAACUGGCAGCUUCGCCGGCUUCGGCACGAUCCAUAAGUUCUUUCGGGACCUGCACUGCGUCCAACGGGCUUGCUUGGACGGCUACAAGCUGGUGCAAUCCAGUGGCGAAGAGGAGGAGUGCUACUUUGGCGAGCAUCUUAUGACCGGCAGGUAUCGAAAACUUCGUUGUCCUUUACUUGUCGACUGGGCACAAUUGGCUUCUAUUUUGAAGGGUGACUUCAGCAUGAGGACAAACGUCUCUCUUAUAACAGUCCGCUCUGUCUAA